AUGUCUUCACACUAUUACUUUGUGCUGAUUCUAUACCUAAGUCACAUCAUCGUCUCCUGUUCUGGAUUUGACGCUAUUACCACGAAAAGCACCUUACUGGAAAAGCUGAUUAAAUCCACGAGUCAAGGUGAUGAUUGCCCGGGACGCUCUCCAUUGAGACAUCUGUGUUUGCCCUGCAAAGCUGUCGUACAUUUCUGGCAGUCAACGAUAGAAAACGAAGUCAUAGUUCGGAAGAGCAUGAUCCAAACUUGUUCAAUCGUACUGCACCCACACAGCUUUCUUUGCAAAGCUGCACUGGAAGUCUUUUUCUUGUUUAUGAAACAUACAAGCGAUGAAAGAAUCUGUCAGCAUCUCCUGAUCUGCGAGUUGAAUGCACAUCCCCAAACAAUGAGCAGUCAAGUUUUGAAUGCACAUGAAGACAGUGUUCUUCAGAUAUUGAGAAACAAAAUUGUCGGAAACUACAAUAGUACGACAGGAUUAAGCACUAAAGAAAAGAAUGAUCUAAUCAGAAGAGUUGCCGACAAGCUGUUUACUACUACAAAAACUUCACAUCUAGAAGAGGUGGACAAAAUCAACCUGUUAUCUCUUUUCCAUAGAUUUCUUGAUGCGGUGGACUAUCACUUUUCUGCAAAACAAAGUUAA